ACCAUUAUUGCAGCAACUCCUCCCGGCACUGGCCUACCUGGUGUAACCGGCCGUCCCCGGCGAUCCCCUUUAUGGAAUCACUCGAGAAGGUUUCAUCCCAAACUCCGCUUCAUUGUCGACAACUUCAAACAUACCGUCAUAGGUUCCUUCUGGAAUACCCGUGGAUGGACAUACCAAGAACGUAUUUUAUCCCGCCGAGCGAUAUACAUCACAGAAUAUCAAACCUAUUUCCUUGGAACUUCCGCUCACCAGCACAAUAUUUCAGUACUGUGGUGGAUUAUACAUCGCGGAACCUGUCGUUUGGAAGCAAUAUCUUGAAUGCGUUUGCCGGCAUCGGGAACAUUCUCGCGAAAGAGCAAGAUGCCCCAUUGAUCUACGGGCUACCUGAGCGAUUCCUGUCACAGGCUCUCCUCUGGGAAAGCACUACUGAAAAUCAGCGAAGGGACGAGGCUCCCGGGAUCCCGAGUUGGAGUUGGGCCGCUUGGAGAGGUCGUGCGAGAUGCGAUUUGAACUCACGAGUCGAAAAGCUUAAGGUUGGCACUCUGGUCCGAUUCUACUUCCGGGAUCCAAUAAACGGUCUGCGAAGAGUUGAAACGAACGAUUUCUGGUUCUUCAAGGCUGUGCGGCUCGAGGAUUUCCAGGAUUUACCGGCUGUUGACAACGAGCAUCCUGAGAUGCGAUUCAUGCCUAUAUCUGGAGGCUCAGAAACGGCGUGGCGGAAGUGUCCACACAAUCCUUGGGCGAUAUCCUCUCACGAGCCGGAUCGAUCCAUCGUGGAACACGCCUUGAAGUAUCCCGGGAGCCUUGUGAUCAGUACAACUCUAGCAACCGUCACUUUACGAUCCCAGCACGUAAGAACGGAAGACGACAUGGAAUAUCUUGAUAUUGUUGAUCAAAGCGGGACUUCAAUCGGCCAAACCUCAAGACUGCAUCGUACAUGGAUAAAGAAAAUUCUCGACACGGGUCCAUCGCACGGGAUUAUUGUCUUCUCUGCUGGCAUCCUCGCGGAGCAAUCGAGGUACGCGCAGACCCAUUCUAUACUUCAUAUCUUGGGAGACAUGCGGGUUCCAACUACGGGUGAACCCCUUGGUACUUGCAUGUGAUGCUUAUUUGGCGGGAUGCGCAUGGUGUUGCUCGAAGGCUUGGUAUUGGUACUGUGGAGAUGCAGAGGUGGGAGCAGUGCAAUCCUGAAUGGUGUACCGUAAUCCUGGUGUAACGAACGGGCAACGGACGAAGGCUUCAGUAUUUAGUGAGGAAUACUGCACGUUAUCAGCUCUAUUGGGAGAUCAAAGCUUUCUUAAAUUUAAGUAAAUCCCGACC